AUGACGCUUUUACAGAGAUUUGCUGUGUUUUUCGUGUCGUUGCUGAUCGUCUACCUGGUCAUUCCUUUGACGGUAUCUGGAUGGCACGGUAAAGGUGGUGGAGGUCAUGGAGGAGGUUACGGAGGUCACGGAGGUGGAGGUGGCAAGGGUGGUGGAGGCGGACAUGGAGGAGGUUACGGAGGUCACGGAGGCGGUGGGGGUGGAAAAGGAGGUUACGGUGGCCACGGAGGCGGUGGGGGUGGAAAAGGAGGUUACGGUGGCCACGGAGGCGGUGGGGGUGGAAAAGGAGGUUACGGUGGCCACGGAGGCGGUGGGGGUGGAAAAGGAGGUUACGGUGGCCACGGAGGCGGUGGUGGUGGUAAAGGAGGCGGAGGAGGUUAUGGCGGCCACGGAGGCGGCUAUGGCAAAGGAGGUGGAGGAGGUUAUGGCGGCCACGGAGGUCACGGAGGCGGAGGAGGUGGUAAAGGAGGCGGAGGAGGUUACGGUGGCCACGGAGGCGGUGGCAAAGGAGGCGGAGGAGGUUAUGGUGGCCACGGAGGAGGAUACGGCGGUCACGGAGGCGGUGGUAAAGGAGGCGGAGGAGGUUAUGGUGGCCACGGAGGAGGAUACGGAGGUCACGGAGGUGGUGGUAAAGGAGGCGGAGGAGGUUAUGGUGGCCACGGAGGAGGAUACGGAGGUCACGGAGGCGGUGGCAAAGGAGGCGGAGGAGGUUACGGCGGACACGGAGGUUAUGGUGGUCACCACUGA